AUGGUUGUUUGGCCGUCCAUUCACCUCCAAUUGACUGGAACUGUUGUGAGCAUGGCGGGCAUGGGGAACAGUUCACCCAACAGCAGCUUUUGGCAAAGUUUGGAUGAGAAAUACUGGCCUCUCAUGCCUCCAUUGCCUUCGUAUGGGUAUGGGAGAGAGCAUCCUGGACCUCGAUAUGGGAGCUUGAUUCAUGGUCAAAAUCUCAAAGAUGUUGUAAUUACAGGGCAUAAUGGUACUAUUAAUGGACAGGGUCAAACAUGGUGGAAGAAGUAUCGCCAGAAGCUUCUCAACCACACCAGAGGUCCACUUGUGCAGAUUAUGUGGUCAAGUAACAUCGUGUUUUCUAAUAUAACCUUGCGUGAUUCUCCCUUUUGGACACUCCAUCCAUAUGAUUGCAAGAACGUGACAAUUAAGAAUGUGACAAUCUUGGCUCCUAUCUUUGAAGCCCCAAAUACUGAUGGCAUAGAUCCUGAUUCCUGCGAGGAUAUGGUAAUUGAGGACUGUUACAUAAGUGUUGGGGAUGAUGCAAUUGCAAUAAAGAGUGGUUGGGAUCAAUAUGGGAUUGCUUAUGGACGGCCUUCAAAGAAUAUUCUGAUCCGAAACCUUAUAGUUCGAUCUAUGGUCAGUGCUGGCAUAUCAAUCGGCAGUGAGAUGUCUGGUGGGGUGUCAAAUAUCACAGUGGAGAACGUACAUGUGUGGAACUCAAGGCGUGCAGUUCGGAUCAAGACAGCCCCUGGAAGAGGGGGAUAUGUUCGCCACAUAACGUAUCGGAAUCUAACAUUUGACAAUGUACGGGUUGGGAUUGUCAUUAAGACAGAUUACAAUGAACACCCUGAUGAAGGGUUUGACCCCAAGGCUGCCCCAAUACUAGAGGACAUAACUUACACUUCAAUCCACGGUGAGGGAGUUCGCGUGCCUGUUCGUAUACAUGGGAGUGAAGAAAUUCCUGUCCAAAAUGUGACUUUCCGGGAUAUGUCAGUGGGGAUAACAUACAAGAAGAAGCAUAUAUUCCAAUGUGCGUUUGUUCAGGGUCGUGUUAUAGGUACGGUGUUUCCUGCUCCAUGUGAGAACCUUGAUCUGUAUGAUGAGCAAGGACAGCUUGUUAAACAAUCCGUCUCCCAAAAUGUGUCGGACAUAGAUUACGAUUUUUAA